AUGCAGGAUAAGGCGGAUGCCAUUGUAAACCAACACCUGUUUGGUGUUCCAUCUUUUAUGCGGACUCUAAAUCUCGAAGCCAUGCAUGCCCCGGAAUUUCCUGAGUAUGCAAAUACGGGUGAAGGCAACGUUGCGGCGGAAAAUGGCGAGUUUAGUGUCGAAAUGGAAUUUGGUUCGAGAGAGUCGGUGAUAUCUGCAAUCAAAAGCUUCACCAUAUCUCUAGAGGAGUUGAUUACACUGUGUAUGAGUUUGAGCCGUAGACAUUCUAUGCGAAAUGCUAUGGGCAGGUUCAACUACACUGUGAGUUACCGCAAGGCUUGGUUGGCAAAGCAGAAAGCUGUCAUAAAAGUUUUCGGUGAUUGGGAAGUUUCUUACCAGACUCUGCCAGUAUGGUUGAAAGCAAUGACAGUGAAGUUGCCAAGGUCUCGUAUUCGAAGUAAAACGCCCCCAUUUACCGUGAGAGUGAGGAGGUUCAAGGUGUGCACUUCUGGUAGCGAUUGCACAAGAUGGGAUCAAAACAUUGUGCCUAUUGCAUUUGCGAUUGUCGAGGGUGAGACAGCAAACACGUGGGAGUUUUUCCUAACCAAUUUACGGAGAUAUGUUGUUACCAUUGAUGGUGUGGGUAUUAUUUCUGACCGUCAUACCUCCAUCGAUGCUGCAAUAGCUCGCAGUAACGGUGCAUGGCCACUACCAAGGGCGUGGCACAUGUACUGCAUCAAGCACAUCGGAUCCAACUUCUUAAGGAGAUUCAAGGCUCCAUAUUUGCAUAAACUCAUGGUGAACACAUGCUAUUUUAGGACAGAGCAGGAGUACAACAAAAACUACCAAAGGCUUAAAGAGCGGGGUGAGGCAUAUACUCAAUGGUGCGAUGAGAUCGGUGUUGAGAGAUGGGUGUUGGCAUUCGAUGGUGGUCAUCGUUGGGGACAUAUGACGACAAAGUUGGUAGAGUGCAUAAAUUCUGUCCUGAAGGGUGCACGCAACCUUCCUGUGACUGCCCUUGUCCGGUCAACUUUCUAUCGGCUGAAUGAGUUGUUCACUCGGAAGAGUACCAAGGCUCAUGAGCGCUCCGCAACGGAUUCACGAAACAUUGUGGUCAACCGGUUCGACAGGUGCAACGAGAUGUUUGAAGUUCGCGAAAUACAAGAUGGUACUAUUUACACAGUUAACCUUGCGCAACGACAUUACGGCUGUGGCCAUUUCCAGGUCGAGCGACUUCCAUGUCGCCACGUGCUUACAUGUUGCGCCAACCAGCGUCUUGAUUGGCAAGUGUACGUGCACGAUGUGUACAAGAUGUCUGAAAUUUGCAAGGUGUACAGAGGCGAGUUUGUUCCGAUAGGUGACCUAUCUACAUGGGAUAGAUACGAAGGAGCGAAGGUGAUCGCCAACUGGACAUUGAGGCGCGCGACGAAAGGAAGACCAAAGUCAACCCAAUACUUGAAUGAGAUGGACUUGCGGGAUAUUCGUGAUCCUCGCCGGUGCACUAUAUGUGGACGCGAGGGACAUAGCCACAGCCAAUGUCCUCAGCGCGCAGGUCCAAGUUCCGCUGGAGGUCCUUAG